GCACCGGAAGUGGCAGGCCGGGAUCAGCCUUUAAGAUGGCGUCUCCUCAGGGGGGCCAGAUUGCGAUCGCGAUGAGGCUUCGGAACCAGCUCCAGUCAGUGUACAAGAUGGACCCGCUACGGAACGAGGAGGAGGUCCGAGUAAAGAUCAAAGACCUGAAUGAACACAUCGUCUGCUGUCUGUGCGCCGGCUACUUCGUGGAUGCCACCACCAUCACAGAGUGUCUUCAUACUUUCUGCAAGAGUUGUAUUGUGAAGUAUCUCCAAACCAGUAAGUACUGCCCCAUGUGCAACAUCAAGAUCCACGAGACACAGCCACUGCUCAACCUCAAACUGGACCGGGUCAUGCAGGACAUCGUGUACAAGCUAGUGCCUGGCUUACAAGACAGUGAAGAGAAACGGAUUCGAGAAUUCUACCAGUCCCGAGGCUUGGACCGGGUCACCCAGCCCAGUGGGGAAGAGCCAGCCCUGAGCAACCUCGGCCUCCCUUUCAGCAGCUUCGACCACUCUAAAGCCCACUACUAUCGAUAUGAUGAGCAGCUGAGUCUAUGCCUGGAGCGCCUGAGUUCUGGGAAGGACAAGAAUAAAAGCAUCCUGCAGAACAAAUAUGUUCGAUGUUCUGUUAGAGCUGAAGUUCGUCAUCUCCGAAGGGUCCUAUGUCACCGCUUAAUGCUAAAUCCCCAGCAUGUACAGCUCCUUUUUGACAAUGAAGUUCUCCCAGAUCACAUGACCAUGAAGCAGAUAUGGCUCUCCCGCUGGUUCGGCAAGCCAUCCCCUUUGCUUUUACAAUACAGUGUGAAAGAGAAGAGGAGGUAGGGGCCAAGCCCCCACCACAUCCCUGUCCCUUUCCCUCCCCAGAUAUUUAUGUGAAAUUAACUGCGGCUUUAUUUUUUGAAAUAAAAACUUUAAAAAAGCA